UUCACAGAAACAUUGAUCCUAAAAUAAAGGGUUAAAGGGUAUGAAUGUCCCUUCCUCACUGUAACAUCCAUCCAGGUCACUCUGACCUGGUUCCUCCCUCUGUUCUGUUUGAACUAGCGUGACAACACAGAUAACAGGAUCACUAUCAGCUGUCUGUCAGGGAGAGAAAGGGGAAAAAAUUGACAAAACGACAAGAUACUACAAAUGUCAUUUUUCCCUGUCACAUUUAUUAAGGAGUCAGAGAGAGAGAGGAAGAGAGAGAGAGAGAGAGUCUUACAACUUCUUGGCACAUUGUGAAAAACAAACAUGGCGAGGCAGGGCGUGGGUCGUCUCUCUCAUUCUGUCUGUCUGGUAUUGGCAUGUCUGUCCCUGGCUCUCCACCUCAUCCUGGCCCUCUUCUGUCUCUCCAUCCUCCAAACAUCCUGCGUUAUCCCCCCCUCCUCCUCCUCCUCUUUGUCUUUUCCUGGAACUAGUCCCCAUGGACAACAGGGGAGAUCUCACUCCAUUUCCUCACAAAGCAGCUCACACAAACUACCAACAAGUCUCAUGAAUGGAGACUUUACCAAAAUGGCCUCAUUCAACAUGAUCAAUGAGAAGGAGAAGGACAAAAAGCUGAUUGUAGCCAAAAUGGCCACCAAAGUGAGCCAACAGGUCAGCAGUCGCUCCAAACUGGAGGCCCUAUUCAGCCACCCGCUGUACAACCUGCCACGCCCACAUCUGCAGGAAGACGAUUGGCUGCUGAAGUUGAAGCCAAAGAAGAAGGGGGAGGACAGUGAGGAGGAAGAUGAGGAGGAGGACAGUGACAAAAGCAGUGAAGAUAGUGAGUGGCAGAGUGACAGCGAGCAGGAUGGCUAUGACCGAGCUAAUUGGACAAGAAGCGCGGAGACCCACCCCCCCUGGCUGAGGUACCACCUUGGGAUCGCUCGCUGGGAGCUGUAUGACAGGAAUGACCCUAGCGUUGCCGAGGUGAUUCAACAGAUGGCCACACAACGCAUCCUCAGCGCAGUGCAGAAGAGUGGGGGCACCCAGCUUAAGCUGAUCAUGUCAUUCCCCAACUACGGACAGGCCCUCCUCAAACCCAUGAGGCAGGAGAGAGAUGCAGAGACAGACUUCAACCUAUUCUACUUCUCUGACUUUGAGAGACACAACGCAGAGAUUGCUGCCUUCCACCUAGACAGGUUGCUGGGUUUCCAUAGAAUCCCUCCAGUGGUAGGUAGACUCAUCAACUUAACCACGGAGAUCAGAGAUAUCACCACAGACCACAAACUCUCCAGAACCUUCUUCACCUCUCCUGUGGGUAAUUUGUGUUUCCACGGCCAGUGUGAAUACUACUGCUCCACAGAGAACCCAGUGUGUGGUCGACCCCAGGUCCUGGAGGUGUCCCUGGCCUCCAUGCUGCCUGACCUCUCCCUGGCCCCCAGACGCUCCUGGAGGUCCCCUUGGAGACGCUCCUACAGCCGCACCAAACUGGCACCAUGGCAGAAGAACCCAGACUACUGUGACACAGUGAAACAGACUCCUCCAUACAGCCAAGGCACCAGACUGGUGGAUCUAAUUGACAUGGUCAUUCUGGACUUCCUCAUGAGUAAUAUGGACAGACAUCACUACGAGACUUUUGAGAAGUUUGGGAAUGACACUUUCCUGCUGCACCUAGACAACGGGAGGGCGUUUGGGCGUCAUUCUGUGGAUGAACCCUCCAUAUUGGUGCCCUUACAACAGUGUUGCAGGAUCCGUCGUUCCACUCUGAUGCGUCUGCGUCUCCUGUCCCUCCCGGGCUUCCGUCUGAGUGAUGUCAUGAGGGAGUCUCUGUCCCAGGACCCCCUGGAGGGUGUGGCCCCCCUCCUCUCUGUACAACACCUCUCCGCGCUGGACCGUCGCCUGAAAACCGUCCUGCAGGCUGUACACACCUGUCUGGAGGACCAUGAUGACGUUAUCCAUGAUGAUUUACAGGGAUAUGAUGUUAGUUUAUACCGCCACUAGACAAUAAUAAAGACUGCACAUCCAUUUACAAAACCAUCACUGCAAGAUGUCUAUCAUUUGAUUCAGCUGUGGUUGAUAAGAUAAUUGUAUUUAUCAAUCAAUCAGUAAAAAAAAAUAAAAAUACAAUAACAAAUCAUUUAGUUAAUAAAGCCGCAUACAAACAUGGUC